AUUUCAUAUCGCUACUUACCUGAUGAUAACGAUAAGAAUUAUCCAUGCUCAGUCACCUGUAACUCGCCUGUUCUAAAAAUAGAACUAUCUACCUAUAAAAGGUAGAUAUCCACGAGUUAACUUCAGUAAAUUUCCGGCGCUCAUCGAGUCACCUUCGCAUAUUUACUAUCAGUUUAGUUUGUAAUAUGACCGAGGCAGAUUUAUCGUUUGAUUUAUCAGCCGCUACCCCUACGUCUAGGGGGCGGGAUAAUAUUAACGAGGAUAUUCCUAUCCUUUCACCGGUUGAAGAGUCUUCCGGUAAACAGAAAACCACGACGAGUACGAAGAAACGUGCUUCUAAAAUGGAUUUGUUAGAGCAACGCAUGGAGCAGAAAUGGUGUAGUAGGUUUGAAUCUUUGAAAGAUUGGAUGGAGAGUAAAUUUACAGACGUUGCGGUUGCUAACAGUAAUUCGGAUGGUAGAACAUCGCGAAUAGCUCCACAUUCGGACCUUGCUAGGUCGCGAAAUCUCGACUUUCCGGACCAUAGAAGGCCGCGGAUAUCUUCACCUUCGGACCAUAGACGGUCGCGAAACACCGAAAAUGAGUCACAUAGUGAUGACAACUUAUCAAUCCAUCCACAUAGACAAGAACGUCUUGAUUUGCUCGGUGAUGAUGACGAAUCAUCGGUGUUUUCAAAUGGUAAUAAGAAAACAGUACUUUCAUUGUUGUCAGACAGUUCAGAUUCUGAAGAUGAGAACAGUAAUCGUUUUCGUAACUGUAGAUUGUCGAAAGAGAAUCGUGACAUUUUAUUUGAAAUGUUUGGGCCAGAUGCAGUGCCAUCAAAAAGUGAAAAAUCUAGACCAGGAUUGAUUUUGGAUAAAUCUCAAGAAGAAAUAUUGAAAUCUGUUUGGAGAUGUCCAGAGCCAAAUAAAAUGUCAACUUUUAAACUUGAAUCCUUGGAAAAUUUCACAGUAAGUGAAGAUUUCAAGCAACUUUUGAAGGUUCCUAGUUUAGAUCCAAUAGUAGAUUCUUUGCUCAAAGACAGAUAUGGGUCGAAGGCUUCUUACAAAGAUGGGCAUAGUUUAUACAGCUCAUCUUACAAGAAUAUCGAAAAAUUAGCUUACAAAGGUCAAAGUGCAUCAAGUGUAGCUCUCACUAUGAUUAUGUAUAUGCAACAAGGUCUAGGUAAACUUCUUACUUUACUGACGGAUAAGGAUCCAAAUAUUGAUGCUGCUAUCCAGUCAACGAAGGAUAUUUUUGCUAUUGCAUCGCAUUCACUUGAUCAAACUGCACGUGCAGGAGCUUUUCACCACCUUGUUCGUAGACGAGCAACUAUUGCUGAUACGGGUAUUGAUAGGAAAAUUCCAGACAUUGAUAAGUGGGAUCUUCCUCUUACUGAUGAAGGCGUUAUUGGAAAAGACUUUGAGAGUAAACUUAAGUCUAAAAAAGAAAUUAGCAAAAACAUAAUUGACUUGCUGUCUGAUGACAAGGACAAAUGUAAACAAACAAAAAGAAAACCAGUGAUGGAAUUUCAAUCUUUCAAAAGGUCAAGACGUGACUACAGUCCAAAAAGGAAACAAUUUGAUUACGAAAGACAAACAAACAGUUUUCAGACAAGAAGACCGUACAAGUCUUAUGCCAGUCAAAACAAGCCUUCAACCGCUGCUUCUGCACAGGGUCAAAACAGCAAUUUUCGAGGGAAAUUCAAUCAAAAGAAAUGACUUGACCAUAUCGACCAGUAACUAGUCAAACCAUUGGUGCUUGGAUAAGGAAAACUGUACAAAGGGCAUAUAAAGAGUCUGACAAGGAGUCAGGGAAAGUUUUACCUCAUUCAACACGCAGCCUUGGAGCUUCUUGGGCACUCCUAAAAGGAACUCCAUUGAAAAACAUAAUGGAAGCUGCAGAUUGGACAAGAGAGUCCACUUUUAUAAAAUUUUAUUUGAAAUCUGUUAAUACAGAAAUACUUCAAUAAUAUGUAAAAAAACAAAAAAAACAUUUUGUAAAUAACCGGCGAGUUGCGUCAACAAAAUAUGAGGUUUACUUGAAAAUACAGUGUUUUGAUAUAUGAAUAACUGUAACUUGUAUAAUUACUGUUAAAAGGAGGGUAUUUUAUAUACAGUGUAAAGAAGUAUUUUAUCAAGGGAUAUGUAUAAAUGGGAUUUCUACUACUGUAUAUCAGUGUAUAUAGUUCAGUGUAUAUCCAGUGUAAAUAUGUUAUGAACAACACAUCAGUGAAUAACUGAAAACCCACCACCCAGUGCAAGAAGUACUGCUUUGAAAUCUGGAUAAUUCUUAUCGUUAUCAUCAGGUAAGUAGCGAUAUGAAAUAAAAUUGGAAAAUUUAAAUAUCAAAUUGAAAUUUUAUGAAUAUAUACUUACCUGAUGAUAACAUUAUUAUACCCUCCCAACCUCCCCAUUUUUCAGUGAUCUGGUGACUCUUAUGAGCGCCAGACUUUACUGAAGUUAACUCGUGGAUAUCUACCUUUUAUAGGUAGAUAGUUCUAUUUUUAGAACAGGCGAGUUACAGGUGACUGAGCAUGGAUAAUUCUUAUCGUUAUCAUCAGGUAAGUAUAUAUUCAUAAAAUUUCAAUUUGAUAUUUAAAUUUUC